GGUAUGCCAGGUGCUCCGGGACCUGCAGGACCACAAGGACCACCAGGAAAUGCUGGAGCUUCAGGAAACCUGACACCAUAUUACUGUGGAAGCUGUCCUUCUCGCGUAUCAAGUGCCGCAGCUGCUGCUUAUUCUUCCAGCAGUGAAUAUAGUGCCAGCAGUUCAUUUGGUGCUAGUGGAGGUGCUAGUUUAGGAGGAGCAGCUAGUUUAGGAACAGCUGGUAGCGUAAGAACAGGUGGUGGUGCAGGAGGAUCUACUCAAACUAUUACAAAAACAACCACAGUAGUAACUGAGCGCACCAGCGGCGGAAGAGGAUCUGCCUCCUCGUAUCGCAGUGGCGGCGGUGGAUUUGGAAGCAGCACUUCCUACAGCACUAGUUACAGGACUGGAGGAGGAUCUGUUUCUUACCGACAAGGAAAUUUAGGACGUGCCGGUAGGACUUCUAUACACUCAAGCAAAACUUCUUCUAGCAUCUCGAGUGAAGAAGAUUAUGAAAGGAAGAAAAAGAAGAAGAGAAAGCAUCAUCGCUCUAGAAAGGUGACGAAGGUGUGA